UCCUGUCUGCUGUUGCAAUGGCGUUUGCUGCGACAGCACUUUGCGGCAGCUGGGAAAUCGAGGAGAGAGCAGCGACAAACGUCGCCAGCGGAUACGCUAUCGCCUCAAAACCCCUCGGAUUUAUGUAAUAUUCGGUAAACUAACUUGUAUAUUGAUUGUAUAUCCCUUCGCCUUGUGGAUGAGAUUGUGUUCAACGUUUUCCAAGCGUGAAUCUCCACCUUAAUGCGGUGGGAUGGCCACAGUGCCGCCUGGGCCUAGUAGCGCACUGCCUGCAUCCCCGGCUGAAAUUCCUCCUUUCCCCGGGGCUGGGAGCGGGGAGCCGGCGGGGGGAGACGGACAGCCGGCCUGCCACAGGGAGGGCUGUGUGCCUGCCGACACAGGGAAGAAGUCGCAGCCGGUAAGCGAAGUCAAAACGUCGGUCAAGAAUAAGCAGAAAAACAUGCUAGCUCGAGCUAGCCCGGCAGCGCUGCACCUCAAAAUGCAAGCCCGAGAGCAGCAGCAGCUAAACGGCUUGGUCAGCCCCUCAGAGGACGCUGACAGCCACCAACACGCAGGAAACCGGCCUGACAAUCCAAGACCGUCCGUGGACAACUGUGACAGCAGCAGCAGCAGCGGCAGCAAUGAGGAACAACCCGCUAGAAACAAUAGUGAGCAUUGCCAACACGAAGGCCACAGCCCCUUCUCCAAAAACGGCCGUCACUCUCCUCUGGUUAACAAUAGCAUGAACGGGAUGCCGGGUUUCACAAGAACUGAGGCGGCCCACAGCCACCCCGGGGACGGAGGGAAAGAGGAGUUCGACCACAUGGAGCCGCCGAGGCCGCCGACCGUCGAGCCCCUGGACGGUGCCGGGCCCGGCGGAGAGGCGAGCCCCGCUGACCCGCAGCUGCAGCCGCCCUCCGCGGAGCUGGCCCGGCUCGACCUGAGCUGCUCGCCCGGCCGAGCGGAAGAAGACAGCCACGGCAUCCGCUAUGUCCGCUACGAGUCCGAGCUGCAGAUGCCGUGGAUCAUGAGACUGAUCACCAAGGACUUGUCUGAGCCUUAUUCAAUUUACACGUACAGGUACUUCAUCCACAACUGGCCGCAGCUCUGCUUUCUGGCCAUGGUGGAGCAGGAGUGUGUCGGAGCCAUAGUUUGUAAGCUUGACAUGCACAAGAAGAUGUUCCGUCGUGGCUACAUUGCCAUGCUGGCCGUGGACUCGAAACACAGAAGGAAAAGCAUCGGUACUAAUCUGGUGAAGAAGGCCAUCUACGCUAUGGUGGAGGGCGACUGUGACGAGGUUGUAUUGGAGACGGAAAUCACCAACAAAUCAGCCCUGAAGCUGUACGAGAACUUGGGUUUUGUCAGAGACAAGCGGCUGUUCAGAUACUACCUGAACGGAGUGGACGCGCUGCGGCUCAAACUGUGGCUCCGCUAGAGGAAAGAAGAGGGGGGACGGGGGAGGACGGGACAGCGGGUGCUGUUCACCUCGUACACUAUCAGCUUGACGGCCUCAGCUCUGCCCUGGUCAUUUCACUCUAAUACACACACACACACACACACUCACACACACGGGAGUAUGCACAUAGGUAUGCAUAGACACGCAGACACACCCUCUUUUUGUCCUUGACCUCUGAACAACUGAUGUUUAGGCAGAACCGGACUGACAUCCCACCUCAUGUUCUCAUGAAGGGGCCCCUGACACUGUCUGUGACGAGGAGGGGCGGCGAGUGAGGGUGGCGGUCUCUGGGAUGACCUCGACUGGGGACAAGGUGACCUUUUUUUGACCUUCAAGCUUGGAAGCCGCAUCGUCCGCGACGUGACGCGAGGCGAGGACGUGCGUCCUAAAAAAAAAAAAAAAAACCCCAGAGGACACGGCACCACACCAAAUCCUCCUGCAGAACACGGACUUAACAAAAACAACAGCAGUGAAACAGGAAGCAGGGCGGUAAACACAGACUGGGAAGAAAAUAUUUGUGGAGUUUAUUUUUGUGUUUCUUUUUUAACCUUGUAAGUUGGACGGUUGAUGGAAGAGCUAUAGUAUGACUGUGUGUUUGUACCGCCUCAUGUUUGUUCUCCUUUUUUUUUUUUUUUUGCCCAGUUUUUGUGUGCAUGUGUGCCAGUGAAUGUGUUGUGAGGUGUGAGUGGAAUUGCGCGUACCGUUGUGUGUUUUUGUUCCCCAUCCUGUCCGUCGGGGCGCAGCCGCUCGCUGCUGCUGCUGCUGCUGCUGCUGCUGCCAUCAUCUGCCUCAGCCUCCAGGACUGAAGCCUGUAAAGAUAUGCAUGCAUUUUAUUUUAAUGUGAGUGCGGAGGGGGCGGAAUACGCGUGAGGAGUGCGUGUGUUGAUGAACCCAGUCUGAGGCAAACCCUCCGAGCCCCGUCCCUGCGUGUGGUCUGAGCAUGUUGGUGCAGAGAAACAAAUCGCUCCAUUAGCACCUCAAACUUUGCCCACCCAGUUGGAUCUGCCACUGUUUUUUUUUUUGUUUUUUUUCCCGCUUCAGUGUCCUUUGCUAAAUUUCCCCCCGACAGUAUGGGUGAGGGGUUCUGUUUCCCCCCCAAAUGCACUGCCAGCUGCUGCGAAAUUCCCCAAAAAGGAGAAAAUGGAGUCUCACAGAGCGACUCCUCGCCAACGGAGGUGCGGGCAAACGCGUCCUAGCCGUCUGCGUUCGCUCCUCUUUGUUAGAUGAUCUACCGCUCCUCGUUGCAAAGUGCCACUCAGUUUAAGCAAAUGCAGUGAUCUGCCCACCAACAGGUGUCACGCAGCAGCGCCGGCCCGGUUCUGGUCUGCGCUUGGCAUCAAACCGGAUGCGAAACGUUACAUAUGCUGGAUUCCUGUUUGAGGAUGGUGUGUGCGCGUGUGUGUGUGUGUUUUAUCUCUUGAUAAAAAAAAAAAGGAAAAAAUAGACAAGUAUUCUUAGCAGAUUAUAUUUUAUUCUUGUGUUUUCGCUUUCAGUUCAUUUAGAUGAUCUACUUUUUACACCUGUGUAACCUCACGCUGCUGCCGAGGCGGCUGAGUCCACGACGCACUUCCCAGGUGCCCUAACUCAAUGCACAACCAACCUCGCUAACAAUUUUAAAGAUCUCCUGCCCGGAACUCGUCUCCUAGUUUGCACCCAGGCGUUCUAAAUCCACACUAAUUAUGGCAAAGAAGGUUUGCUUCAACCGCUUUUUGUUUUGUUUUCUUUUUUUCUCUUUUGAAAGUAAAAUGAACAAAAGGUCAGAUGCAUUUCUUUGGAAAUUGCUGCAGUGUGUGUGUGUGUGUGUGUGUGAGAGAGAGUGUGUGUGUGUGUGAGAGAGAGAGUGUGUGUGUGUGUGUGUGUGUGUGUCUUGUUAGUUUGACAACAGUGUGGCUCUGUUCUGUCAGACUUUAAUUUUCUCUUCUUUCAGAGGCCCCAGCACAGGAACAUCAGAGCCUUGUGAGGUGCUGUGUUUUGCUCCAGCCUUAUAGGGACAACAGGAAGGAAUAAAUCACACACUUAUUAUUUGGUUUUUUUUUUUGUUUCUUUUUUAGCUGUUACCUAUUAGAACAAGUGCGAUAGAAAAGGAGACAGCUUGGCUGGCAGUCGAGGGGAGAAUAAACCCUGAAUCAAAAAUUCGUAAAUGCAGUUUUUAAGUGAACGUUUGUUUUUGUUUGUAGCACCUGGAAAAAUUAUGCAAGUGUGCUUUUUUAUCCUGCUGCAAUAUUCCGAGUAGGAAGCACUGUGAGACACUGUGCCAAGUGGCUCAACUAAAAAAAAAACCUAAAAAAAUCUGCUACAAAAUACUGACAACAGAACAAACAGAAGUCUCUGCGUCUCUGCAGGUGACACUGCAGGACCGCCGCCGUGUUUUGGGUUUAUUCUCCUUUCUGAGAGAUUUCAUCCCGGGAGCCGACGACUGAAAGGAGAAAAGAUGUUUACAGAGUUUCCACCCACAAAAAAAAACAAACGAAAGAGCCCGUCUAUGUGAGUUUGUGUCUGUGUGCAUUGGAGCAAUGGAUCAGAUGACCUAUAUUUGUUUUUGUUUUUCAGAUUUGUAUACGAGUGUUCGAUUCAUUGGAUAUAUUGAGAGCAUGUUUUUUUUUUUUUUUUUUUUUUGUGAAUCAUCUGUUGGGAUGGGGGCGGUUUGGGUUGAUUUACCAGAUUUGAUUCUUAUUUUUUAUGUUCUGUGCUACUUUGGCCCCAUUGAGAAGUGUAAAGUGAAAUCUGAGCAGCUCAUAGAGGGCAUGUGGGGGAAAAAAAAAAACAGUUCUUGGCCCCCGAACACCCAACUAUUAACUUUUUACAGCUCAUCCGACACUGUUUAUAUUUGAAUUAUCACCCCGUGUAACUUCCUCCAGGUUUAUGUUUGAGGUUUAGACCUUCUGUCCCUGUGUUGGACACUUGUUUCCCCUCCUCUGUUUCCUCUCACUGUCUGGGCCUCUUUUUUUCUUCUUCCACACAGUGACAGCUGACGGAUGAGCGGACGGGACAAGAUAACAGCGUACACAUUGAACCUGUCUCGCUCUUUCAAAACCAGCUGUCAGUGUGAGGAGGUGUUAAAGAUUUUGAAGGAAAAGGGUUUGCUCUCUUCCUCAUUUUUCUUUGUUGUUUUACUCAUGUGAAUUUUUGGCAGUUCCAUUUGGUAUAUGGGCAUUACAGCCUGUCGCAAAGAGCCCGAGGGCUCCGUUUAGACCACGACCACAGACUGAAGGGCUUUGUCAUCAAUAUCACCUCGUAGCCGCGGCUCGUGGUGUUGCAUAGUUUUACUCAGCUCUCUCUCUCUCUCUCUCUCUCUCUCUCUCUCUCUCUCUCUCGCUCUCUCUCUCUCUCUCUCUCUCUCUCUCUCUCUCUCUCUCUCUCUCUCU